GCUCACCCAAUCUUGCUAGUUGUUGCUAGCACGUUUGCUAAUGCGGAUACAACACUCACGGACGACGUUAAAGACACGGAAAACGACACGCGUUAAAACAGUGAACGGGAUUUAAUUCUUUUUAUUCUACUACUUUGGGAUUACAACCAACCGACGCAGGCCACGGUGGAUACUUCUGCUCGGUUGACUUCUCUGCUAAUGUCGUGAACGUCAAUGUUAGCUGCGCAACGGGCAACUGGAAGCUAGCCGACGUUAGCCAACAAAAUUAGCUGUAUGCUAGCGCUACAAUGAAUGGGGGUUUGUCGAAGGGAGAAGCCAACAAUGUACGCUUGCUAACGCUAGUACCCCCCCCGUCAUGGUGUAACUUGUCUUGUUCUUAGCGCAUAAAUGCUCGGAGAAGUUGACGCCAAGGCUGGAGUUUAUCUAAGAAAGCCACACGUGGGACUGUGAACACGUUAGGUAAUGAGUAUUAAAACCCCAUUACAGGACUUAACCAGCUGGGGAUAACUUUGUUGGAAAUGCACCAUCACGAAGAAAUCAUGCACUACCUAGGCACCUAGACUUAGCAGUAGCAAGGUUAGCGUCCGGAUCAUAACAUUGCAGCCAACACUGAACACGGGUUUUUUGUUUGUUUGUUUCCUGAUUCCUCAAUCCCCUUCGUGCAUAGCUAUUAUCCACAUCCGAAGUCUUCACUGUGGGGUUUGCUAUCGUGAAGAUAUCAGGAAUGAUGGCGUUUCCGACUGACCCUGCCCUCCGUCCCAGGUAGGGAGUAGCGGUGAAGACUUCCCGGCCUUGCCUGGCCCUCAUAUCACCGAUGAUGGGCAAACACUGAUCGACCAGCAUCCAUUUUCACAAUAUAAAUUAUUAUCGCGACUGGGAUACCCUCAAACGUUUCUUAGUUUGGAGAUUUAAAGGAUCAUGGUGGACACGGAGGAACUUCCACAAGACAGGAAUUGCUGGAUAUAAUCAUGGACUCCUGAGCACAAAAACGUGAAUUUUAGCACAUCUUUUUUAAAAGACUGCUUUAACUGAAAACCACCAACAUGUCGGCAUUUGCCGAGUUCGUCCCCCCACCUGAGUGUCCAGUUUUUGAGCCGAGUUGGGAGGAUUUCUCGGAUCCUUUAGGAUUCAUCAACAAGAUCCGACCAAUCGCAGAGAAAACUGGCAUCUGCAAGAUCCGACCCCCAGAGGACUGGCAACCUCCAUUCGCCUGCGAUGUACGCAACUUCCGCUUCACUCCAAGAGUACAAAGACUUAAUGAGCUUGAGGCACUCACCCGGGUUAAGCUCAACUUUCUGGAUCAAAUCGCAAAGUUCUGGGAGCUGCAGGGAUCAAAAAUACGAUUCCCCCAUGUGGAGAGAAAAGUUCUGGAUCUCUAUCAACUCAGCAAGAUUGUGUCAUCAGAGGGCGGCUUUGAGACACUGUGUAAGGAGAAGAGGUGGUCCAAGGUGGCCAGCCGAAUGGGCUUCCCAUCAGGGAAAGGAACUGGCUCACUGCUGCGCUCCCACUAUGAGAGAAUACUGUACCCAUAUGAGCUCUUCCAGUCUGGAGCCACACUGACCGGCAUUCAGCGACUAUAUGAUGAAGGAGAUGACAAGGAAGAACUGGAUGAGGGUGUUGGAGAGGAGACGGCAGAAGAAGAGGAGCAAGAUGAAGAGGAAGAAAAGGAUAGGGAGCGAGAGACUGAGAGUGAUGCCACGCAAACCAAAGACAGGCUUCUGCCUGAGAGACGCUCCAGGCGCCUGAAAUCUGAGAGGGAAAACAAGGAGCCAAAAGGUCUGAAAAUCUUUGGUACAAGUCCAAAGAUGGUUGGAUUGGAGAUUGUACCAGCUGAUGAUGGAUUCAACAAGAAGCAGCGUCAUCUCAAAGCCCAGGCCUUUGCCAUCAAAAUGAGACCACGCAAGGAGACCUUAGAGGUCAACUUUAUUGACCUCUACCUGUGCCUGGUGUGUGGGCGAGGCGAUGAGGAGGACCGUCUGCUGUUGUGUGACGGCUGUGAUGACAGCUACCACACCUUCUGCUUAAUCCCGCCUCUACAGGAUGUCCCGAAGGGGGACUGGCGAUGCCCCAAGUGUGUUGCAGAGGAGUGCAGUAAACCCAGGGAGGCGUUUGGCUUUGAGCAGGCUGUGAGAGAAUACACUCUGCAGGGCUUUGGAGAAAUGGCUGACCACUUCAAGUCAGACUAUUUCAACAUGCCUGUUCAUAUGGUGCCCACAGAGCUGGUGGAGAAGGAGUUCUGGCGCCUGGUCAGCAGCAUUGAGGAGGAUGUCAUCGUAGAGUACGGAGCUGACAUCAGCUCCAAGGAAGUGGGCAGCGGGUUUCCUGUCAGGGACGGGAAAAGGCGGCUACUGGGCGAUGAGGAGGAGUAUGCAAAUUCAGGCUGGAACCUGAAUAACAUGCCAGUGCUGGAGCAGUCAGUGCUCACUCACAUCAAUGUGGACAUCUCUGGUAUGAAGGUGCCCUGGCUCUAUGUGGGCAUGUGUUUCUCCUCGUUUUGCUGGCACAUUGAGGACCACUGGAGUUACUCCAUCAACUUCCUGCACUGGGGUGAACCUAAGACUUGGUAUGGCGUGCCAGCCUCAGCAGCAGAACAGCUCGAGGCUGUGAUGAAGAAACUGGCCCCAGAGCUGUUUGACUCCCAGCCUGACCUCCUGCAUCAGCUAGUCACCAUCAUGAAUCCUAAUAUCCUCAUGGAGCAUGGUGUCCCCGUGUACAGGACCAAUCAGUGCGCAGGGGAGUUUGUGGUGACUUUCCCCAGAGCCUACCACAGCGGCUUCAACCAGGGCUACAACUUUGCAGAGGCUGUAAACUUCUGCACUGCAGACUGGUUACCCAUGGGACGUCAGUGUGUGGCCCACUAUAGACGCCUUCAUCGUUACUGCGUCUUCUCCCACGAGGAGCUGCUGUGCAAGAUGGCCGCUGAUCCAGAGAGUCUGGACGUGGAACUGGCUGCUGCUGUCUACAAGGAACUGGGAGAUAUGAUGGAGGAAGAGACAAAACUCAGACAGGCUGUCCAAGAAUUAGGGGUUCUGUCCUCAGAGCAGGAGGUGUUCGAACUUCUACCUGAUGAUGAGCGCCAGUGUUACAAAUGUAAGACGACCUGUUUCCUGUCUGCGCUGACCUGCUCCUGCAGCCCUGAUCGGCUCGUCUGUCUCCAUCAUGCUGCAGAUCUUUGUGACUGCCCACAUGGCAGCAAGUGUCUUCGGUAUCGCUACGAUCUGGAGGAGUUUCCCUCCAUGCUGUACGGGGUGAAGACACGAGCUCAGUCAUAUGACACCUGGUCCAAAAGGGUCACAGAGGCCUUGGCUGCUGACCAGAAGAACAAGAAAGAUCUUAUUGAGCUCAAGGUUUUGCUUGAGGACGCGGAGGACAGAAAGUAUCCAGAGAAAGCUUUGUUCCGUCGCCUGAGGGAGAUGGUCAAAGAGGCUGAGACGUGCAGCUCUGUGGCUCAGCUGCUGCUCAGUCGCAAACAGAGGCACAGCAGCCGUUUGCGUUCUGAGAGCAGUCGCAACCGUACUAAACUAACGGUGGAUGAGCUGAAGGCCUUUGUGGAUCAACUCUAUAGGCUGCCCUGCAUCAUCAGCCAGGCCCGCCAAGUCAAAGAGUUACUGGAGAAUGUGGAAGACUUCCAUGAACGAGCCCAGGUGGCGCUGUCGGACGAGAUGCCAGACUCCUCCAAGCUGCAGGCGCUGUUGGACCUUGGUAGCGGUCUGGAUGUAGAACUGCCAGAACUGCCCCGUCUGAAACAGGAGCUCCAGCAGGCCCGCUGGCUCGAUGAGGUGAGAAUCACCCUAGCCGAGCCUCACCGCGUCACUCUGGAGCUGAUGAAGAGGCUGAUAGACUCCGGGGUGGGCCUGGCUCCUCAUCACGCCGUGGAGAAGGCUAUGGCUGAACUGCAGGAGAUCCUCACAGUCUCAGAGAGAUGGGAGGAUAAGGCUCGGGCAUGCCUGCAGGCCAGGCCUCGACACAGCAUGAUGACGUUGGAGAGCAUUGUUUUGGAAGCUAGGAACAUCCCUGCGUACCUACCUAAUAUUUUGGCUCUCAGAGAGGCCCUACAGAAGGCAAAAGAGUGGACAUCCAAGGUGGAAGCCAUUCAGAGCGGUAGUAGCUAUGCAUACCUUGAGCAGCUAGAGAGCCUGUUGGCCAGAGGUCGCUCCAUCCCUGUCCAGCUUGAUCCACUGGCCCAGGUGGAGUCUCAGGUGGCUGCAGCACGAGCCUGGAGGGAGAGAACGGCUCGCACCUUCCUUAAGAAGAACUCCACGUACACUCUCCUGCAGGUCCUCAGUCCUCGUGUAGACAUUGGAGUCUACGGCAACAGUAAGAGCAAGAGGAAACGAGUCAAGGAGCUCAUGGAGAAGGAGAGAGGAGCCUUUGACCCUGACACCCUUAGCGACCUGGAGGACAGCCUGGAAGAGGUGCGGGACCCUUCCACCGUUGUAGCAGCCUUCAAAGCCAAAGAGCAGAAGGAAGUAGAGGCCAUUCACUCGCUCCGCGCUGCCAAUCUCGCCAAGAUGGCCAUGGCCGACCGCAUCGAGGAGGUCAAGUUCUGCCUGUGUCGAAAGACUGCCAGUGGAUUUAUGUUGCAGUGUGAGCUUUGUAAGGACUGGUUCCAUGGAGCGUGCGUGCCGCUGCCUAAGACAGGAUCCCAGAAGAAGAUGGGAGUUGGUUGGCAGAGCAACAGCAAAGACUCCAAAUUCCUGUGUCCGCUGUGUCAGCGGUCGAGGAGGCCGAGAUUAGAGACCAUCCUCUCUCUGUUGGUGUCGCUGCAGAAGCUGCCGGUGCGUCUGCCUGAAGGAGAAGCCCUCCAGUGUUUGACUGAGAGGGCGAUGAGCUGGCAGGACCGGGCACGUCAGGCUCUGGCCACAGAGGAGCUGUCCUCAGCGCUGGCCAAGCUGUCUGUGCUGAGCCAGCGUAUGGUGGAGCAGGCUGCUAGGGAGAAAACAGAGAAGAUUAUCAAUGCUGAGCUGCAGAAAGCUGCUGCCAACCCUGACCUUCAGGGCCACAUCCAGACUUUCCAGCAGUCUGGUUUCAGCAGAGCCACUUCACCUCGCCAGUCUGUGGACUACGACGACGAGGAGACGGACUCAGAUGAAGACAUCAGAGAGACAUAUGGUUAUGAUAUGAAGGACCCAGGUGAGGUGAAGCCCUACCUGUUCUGUGAUGAAGAGAUUCCUGUAAAGUCUGAGGAGGUGGUCAGUCACAUGUGGCCGGCUGCCACACCCUCGUUCUGUGCCGAACACGCGUAUUCUUCAGCAUCCAAGUCCUGUGUGCAAAACAUCGGCACUCCCAGGAAGCAGCCCAGGAAGACCCCUCUCAUACCUCGCAGCCUGGAGCCGCCUGUUCUGGAGCUUUCCUCGCAGGCUAAGGCCCAGCUGGAGGACCUGAUGAUGCUGGGAGACCUGCUGGAGGUAUCCCUGGAUGAGACCCAGCACAUCUGGAGGAUCUUGCAGGCCACGCAUCCCCCCUCUGAGGAGAGAUUCCUGCAGGUCAUGGAGCCUGAUGACUCUCUGAUGGAGAAGCCCCUGAAGAUCAAGCUGAAAGAUUCAGAGAAAAAGAGGAAAAGAAAGUUGGAAAGAGCCGAACACCAUCACAUGCUGAUGGCCGCUGCCGCAGGUGGGGCUUCAGGGAUGGGUGACAUGCGACCAGCCAAGUCCAAAGAACUGAAAAGGGCUGGUUUAGAACUGGGACUUGGCGGCAAACCCAAGAAGAAGAAGCUCAAACUCAGUUUGGAGAAAAACCGAGAGAUGAAGCAGCUUGCCAAACGGUUAGCCAAGGAAGAGAAGGAGAGGAAAAGAAAGGAGAAAGCUGCAGCCAAGGCAGAGGCUAUCAGAGAGGGACUUGAGAAGAGGAAGGAGAAGAAGAUUCUGGACAUUCCCUCUAAGUACGACUGGUCUGGGGCCGAGGACUCCAAUGAUGAGAAUGCUGUUUGUGCCGCCAAGAACUGCCAGAGACCCUGUAAAGAUAAGGUGGAUUGGGUGCAAUGUGACGGCGGCUGUGAUGAGUGGUUCCACCAGGUGUGUGUAGGCGUAUCGUGUGAGAUGGCCGAGACCGAGGACUACAUCUGUAUGGACUGCUCCAGGAAGGUCGCCGGGGUCGGCGUGGGAGGAGCCGGGAUCGAGGUGGAGGGGGAGAGCGUGGUGGUGAUGGCGACAUCGAUGUGCAGUGGGGGCACACAGAGUCUGCCUCCAGGGUCUGUCGUGACAUCCUGGUCCUCGGCUGCUCACUUGAAUCCGGCGAGUUCUCAUCAUCAGCAACAGCAAGAGCCUCAGCAGGGCAGUUAGCAUUAAGUCAAAGCCUCAGACUGAGACUGAAUACUGUACCUCACUUAAUGAGCCACAAAAACUAGUACCCAGGCCAGAGUUUCAUCCUCGCAAACUGUCAGAAGACAGCUUCUGGGGAUCAAGAAGGGGAAUAGAAAGGCUUCCAGAAUGAGCCUGAGAAGGAGCGACAAAUCAGAGGAUCAUCUGGAUCAAAAAGCACAAGAAGGAAGAGGAAAAGAGAGCCUGUGCCUCCAAGAGGCUUCAGCAAAGACUUUAUGAUCACUGCAAUUGAUGAACCGGUUCUCAAACACAGACCAAGUUUAGUCUGCCUGGGUCUACAAACAUCCACCUGCAACUUCCUGGUCCUUCCCUGAACAAUAACAAGUCAUGGUACACUUCUAGUCAAACAAACACCCACUUACUCCAGCUGUUGUUGUCAGUGCAGACAGGUAAAUAAACAGAUGUGUCCCUGUUGUUAUUUCCUGGGCUUCCUAAUCUGCUCCCCUCCGCCCUGCGCCCGGCUCUGCAGACAGUUCCAUACGUAGGACUCCAGACUAGGAAAUACAAACAGUUGUAAUGUAGUGGAAUUAUUUAUAAUGUACAUACUUUUAAGCAAUUAAAAAUGGAUUGUGGCUUUUGUUUUCUCACCUUUAAUAAACUAUUCCUAGUCAAAUAA